GUCUUUAUACGCUCCCACUAGCAUCACAGGAUCUGUGAGAUGAUAUGGCGAAGAGAGAGAGAGAGAGAGAGAGAGAGAGAGAGAAAGGACAACAAUCCUCCCAAAACAAUACGGGACGUUAAAUUAGUAUACAGAGAGAAACAGGUUUUUCUCUUUGUAACGUCACUGACUGACUCCAUCCACACAUACAGAUCUCUUCCUGAUGACAUGAUGGCAUCCAGACACGUAUAAGCAGAUGAACACGACAGUAUGAUGAAGAGACAGACGUCAGGAGUCACAGAAAAUGAUCAGCUGAAGACUGAAGAAAGACACGAAGGAGAGAAUAAAAUCUGAACAUGUCUGACACUGACACCAGAGCGAUUCCUCCUCGCAGGAGAAGAUGGAGCAAAGAACAACCUCCUAACUUUUCAGAGGGUGUGAAGCUGAAUCUGGUUGUGUGUGGGAGUGACGGCACAUUAAAAUCCUCCAUAUCAGAGCUGAUCCUGCAGCAGACAGACAGAAGAUCAGACGUGGAUCUUCAUGGACGUCAGAUCAGUCUGGUGGAUCUUCCAGCUCUGUUCAACACUCGUCUCUCAGAGGAGGAAGUGAUGCGUCAGGCUCUCCACUGUGUGUCUCUCUGUCAUCCUGGAGUUCAUGUUUUCCUCCUCAUUAUUCCUGAUGCUCCACUCAAUAAUGAAGACAAAGCAGAAAUGGAGGAGAUCCAGAGGAUCUUCAGCUCCAGAAUCAACGAACACAUGAUGGUCCUCAUAAUGCAGAAUUCAGAGCAUCAGACAGAAGAACUCAAUGAAGAAACACAGUCUGUCAUUGAGAGAUUUGGAGGACGACAUCAUUUCUUUGGUCCCAACACACAAGUGUCCACAUUGAUGGAGAACAUUGAGAAGAUGCUGGAAGAAAACAGAGGAGAGUUUUACUCCACAGAGACAUUUCUGGAGGCACAGAUGGAAAAAACUGAUGAAAUAUGAAGAGAUGAAGAAGAAAAUCGACUCACUAGAGACACAUUUACUGUCACAAGGUUCAAGAGAAAACACAGAUGAUCUGAGGAUUGUGCCGCUGGGAAAAACUGGAGUUGGGAAGAGUGCAACAGGAAACACAAUCUUAGGAAGAGAUGCGUUUACAGCAGAAACAUCUCAAGAGUCAGUGACUAAAGAGAGUCAGAGAGAAUCAUCUGAAAUCAACGGCCGACACGUUACUGUGAUCGACACUCCAGGACUGUUUGAUACUGAACUGAGUAAUGAGGAGAUCCAGAGAGAAAUCAGACACUGCAUCUCCAUGAUCCUGCCUGGACCACAUGUGUUCAUCAUUGUGCUCAAUUUAGGACAACGAUUCACUAAACAUGAGGAAACAUCAGUAAAGAUCAUCCAAGAGAUGUUUGGAGAGAAAUCUUUAAUGUUCACCAUGGUGCUCUUCACCAGAGGAGAUUUCCUGAAGAACAAAACUAUUGAACAGUGUUUUGGAAAACCUGGAUCUGUGAUCAGAAACCUGAUUGAAGCGUGUGGAAACAGAUUCCAUGUGUUCAAUAAUAAUCAGACUGGAGACCGAACACAGGUGUCUGAUCUACUGGAGAAGAUAGACAACAUGGUGAGAGCGAACGGAGGGAGUUUCUACUCAUGUAAGAUGUUCAGAGAGAUGGAGAGAGAAAGACAAGAACAACAGAUGAAGAUCCUGAUGGACAGAGUCAGAGAAAGAGAAGAACUGAUGAAGAAACAUGAAGAAGAGAAAGAGAGAAUGAAGAUGAUGAUGAAGGAAGAAAGACAGAAUCAAGACAAAGAGAGAAAAAGAAGAGAAGAAAAGAAAAGGACAGAGAGAGAAAAUCAGAACCGUGAUGAACAGAUUCAGAGACUUGAGAGUGAAAUGGAGGGAAUAAUCAGAGAGAAAGAGAAAAUAGAAGGAGAGAGACGAGAACAACUAGAGGAUUUAGAGAAGAGACUGACAGAAGAAAGAAACAUGAGAGAAGAUCAACAAAAGACUUCUGAAGAAACACUGAAACUCCUUGAAGAAGAACUGAAGAGAAGACGAGUGGAGUGGAGAGAGGAAUAUGAACGAGAGGAAGAGAAGAUGAUGAGGAAGAUCUGCUCUGAAACUGAUCCGUCACUACAGGUCUCAGCCUACAGGAAACUGGAGACUGAAUACAGCAAGUGGUCCUGGAGUCUUCACAGUGCCAUGAUGGAAACUGAGAACAAACUACACAACAAAAUAGAGAAUGAAGUGAUUCAUGAGGUUGAGGAAACUGAUCGUCACAGAGAACUGAAGAAGACAAGCGAAGAAGUGGAAAAAUCAAUGUCAGAGUUCUUUGAGAAAAACAUUGAUAAAUAUAUACUGAUUCAGUGGAAAACAUCAUUUGAAAUCAAAAUCAGAGAGCUUCAGGAGAACAUUGUGAGAGAAACAAACAGGAGAUUAAAUGAGGUUCUUCAUCAGCGAGAACUGAAGAAAAAGAUUGAUGCUCAGAGGAAACAUCAUGAAAACACUCUCUAUGAAAAGAGCAAAGAACUCGCCUUAAAACUCAGAGACAAAACAAAUGAUGAAGAAACACUGAAGAAAGAGUUUGAUUUGUUCUGGAAACAGAGUGUGAAGAAGAUCAUCAGAGACGCUCCUGAAAUCAGAGACAUUGAUGUAAUGAGAGAUGUGAGAGAGAUCCUCAGUGACGUCUAUGAAAGUGUUUCUGUAGAUCACUGGAGAGAGAGCAGGGAUAUUUUCACUGUGCCCAGUUAUUCAUAUUAUGUGAAGGUAAAGAAAUCCAGUGGAUUCAUAAAUGUCUACAGAUCAGCUAUAGAGAUGUAUGGUUUAUUUCUAUCUAAAGAUGAUGAAGCUCAAAUCAGAUCAUUAGUCACAGAUGUUGCUCAGCAGACAGACAGAAUGAUUCAGUCAUUUAACAUUUCAAAGAUGGGCUACAACAUCAGCUACAUUCAUCAACUCACAGAUUACAUCAAGAGGAGAGUAACAGAACAUGAGGAAGAACAAGUGAAAUAUGUGUUCAGGAAUGAAUUCUUCAUGGAUUUGGUUAUUUCCAUCUGUAAGAGAUCAAACAAGAUGAUCACUGACCAACACAGACUGUUCAGAGAAGUUAAUGAUCCUGUAAUACAUGUUGAGAAGAAGAGAGAAGAGUACUAUAGUAUUUUCCAGAAAUACUGUCAUGGAGCAACAUCAGCUGCUGUUUUUGGGGAGAUCAUCUGUCAGAAACUGAAAGAGCCCAUUGAGCAGAGCGUCUACAAGAAGACUGCCAGAGAUCUGACAGAUGAAAUGAGAUCAAACUGUGAAUCACUGAAUGGAAACAGAUCAAAUCUGGAGAAACACAUCCUGAAGACACUGGCAGAAGAGGAUUUUGACAAAUACAUGAACUACAUUCGUAAUCCCAGAGAUCACUUCAAAAGUUUCAUCAGAGAUGAAGUCAGUCGGUACAUCUCUGAUAAGUUCAGUGUCAGUGUUUUACCCAAGAUGAAGGAGAACAUUGAACUCCUGCAGCAGAAGUUCAUGAAAGCAGCACAUGUAUCUACUGAACAUGUUCAAGAGAACAGAGGUUUGUGGUUGAAGAGUUUCACACAGCAGAUCUCAGAUGAGCUGAUCUUCUCUGAAAAAGACCUCAGUGGAGUCAAACAUGAUGAUGUUGAUGAUUUCAGCCUCCUAGAAGAUGUGAUGAGAAGAGAACUUCAUGCUAUAAUGUCUGAGAUCAGCAGGAGAUUCAACACUGAGACAUUUGAUGAAGUACUGGACCUCAGGUUCAGAGCAGAUGAGCUUCUGAUUGAUUUCUUCUGUCAGUGCUGUUGGGUUCAGUGUCCGUUCUGUGAAGUCAUCUGCACCAACACCAUAGAAAACCAUGAUGGAGAUCACUGUGUUCCUUUCCACAGAGUGACUGGAAUUAAUGGCAUAUAUUACAGUUUAACACAGAAUCUCUGUACUGAUAUUUGCACAAAUUUAGUGGCAAGUGAUCAGAGGUUUAAUACAUCAGAUGGAAGUUUUAAAUAUAAUGAAUACAGAAGAGCAGGAGGAGUUUAUGCAGACUGGAGCAUCACUCCUGAUUUCUCUGAACUGCUCUACUGGAAGUGGUUUGUGUGCAGAUUCCAGAAACAUCUGGAAAAAUACUACAAUAAAACAUUUGAGGGAGAUGGUGAGAUACCAGUUGAAUGGAGAAAAUACUCAAAACAGGAAGCUAUUGAGAGUUUGGAUCGAUACAUGUAAUGGAGCAGAUGAAGAAUGAGACUCUUGCGUCUCCUCUCAGAUUCAGAUCACAGUCAGAAAUGAGUUUCUCUGACAUUCAUCAGUGAAUCUGAGCUCAUCUACACCUCAGAAGAUCAGAGCUUCAUCAAAUACUCCAGAAGAGAUUCAGUUCCUCAUACAAGUGUCUGUCAGAUGAUCAAAACAACAUAUUUCUGAACAUAUGCCUCAUUGAUAAAGCUCAAAAUGAUUGAUGUAUCUUAUAGUUUAUUACUAAUCUAAACAGCUUAAUCUCCAUCAUGAACUGAAAAAGAUCUUUGAUAAGGACAUUAAUGACAGACUGUAGAUGAAAUAUGAUUGAAGUGUGUGUUUGUUAAAGCUCAGUGCUGGAAUCAGACGAUGGAGGAAAGUGUGAGAAAUAAACAGAUGUGUGAAUCA